AUGGAGACCAUUCAUUCUUUUGAACGAGAACUUGACCAACUCGACUCUACAUUCAAGAAAGCUGAGGAAACUUUGGCCAAGGUUUCAGCUUUACCAUUCAAGGAGGACAGCAGAGACGAUAUAAGUGGAUUGAGUGGUAGGAGGAGGACGGAGAAGUGGGCAGUGGGUUGUGAGGAAGAAAGGAGGAGUAAUAGAAGCCUGGGAGAAGGAGGACGAAGAGAUGGACGGCGAGGAGGAAAGGAAGAGGAAAAAAUUAUUUUGUAUAAUAGUUUUGCAGGUUCUGAUUCGAUUUAA